AUGGCACUCGGCCCGAUUGAGCGCGAUUGCGCCCCCAGUGGCUGGAUCCGGCCAAGUCCCCAGAUAAGGUUGGAGCCUGAUCACCCAGCAGAUGUAGACGAGGGACAGUUAACCAAGGUAAAUUACUCUCCUGGGUGGAGGCCAUCCUGGUUUAACAUGGAGGAAGAACUAGUGGCCCCGUUCUCCUUGGAGGCCUUUUUCACACAGAUGGGAAGAAUGGUUCCCUCCAGGGACCCAGGCAUGGCCUUUGUACAGGAAACCUGGUUUAGGGCACACCAAUUCGACGUUGUUGCAGCAGCUGUCGUUUCCGUGUCCUCUUCCAUGUGCCUGCUGCUGAUUGCGAGAAUGGCUUUGUGUUUAAUGCCAGAAGCGAAACAGGUGUAUCCUAUUGGUGGUGAUGAACAAGCCCAGGCAAGUCCCGACUUUGUUGCAGUCAAUCAAAGUAACUUUGGAAAUACGACAUGCCUCCCAAUAACUAAAGACCAUCUCACAGCCAGGUACCAGUCUGCUUACCAGGCCUCAGUCAACAACAUAGCUUUGGUGGCCCAUGACCUAAACAAGAUGACCUCAGAGCCCAACUUAUUUGACCAUGCUGAGGAUGUCACCAAUUCUGCCAGCAUGAUCCUCAACUUGUGCACUGCUACCGCUACAAUCUGGCCAAGAAUGGACCCAGCCCAGAUUGACGACCGGAUAUCUCGGAUGGAAGUUAUGUUAAAUAUGCUGGUUGCCGCUUCUACGGCCACCAGGGCAGAGGAUCAGCAGGGCCUGGCACAAGUACGACAGGAACUGGAGAUCAUCCACGCCCGCACCCAAAAAAGAAACCUUGGAGACGUUGUGGGGAUGACUUUGGUUCACACUCUGCCUAAUUAA